AUGGAAUCCAAGUUCGUUGUUGUAUUAGAGUUUGGAGCUGAAGAGCAGGUUAAUUUAGCGUACAGAUCGUUCACAGAGAGGCUUACCGUUCAGGAUUGCUUACCAGUGGGAGGGAAGGAUUUGAAAACUGACUGGCGAGUUUGUGAGUUAUCCAUAGAUACUUUGCAUGAUAUGGGACUACCCGUAGACUCUCAAGAUAAUGAUUUGCUGCUUUCGCAGUAUGUCGGGCAUGGGAUCAUCCGGUUAUUCAGACUAAAUGAUAAGGAUAUCGAGGUGACUUCGAACAGUGACUUGUUGACAGUUCCAGGAGAUGAUACUAUGGUAUCUAUUUUAUUUGUACCCACUUAUUUCACGGUACAUGACUUGUUGCACUUCUACAUCGGCGAUGACAUAGUCAACAAUCAAGUAUCCAACUUUCGUAUUCUAAGAAACAAGAAGGGUGAGCUAGGUUUCAACUUUAUGGUUUUGAUCAAGUUCAAGGAUCCUUUAAAUGCGAAAAAGUUCAAAGAUGAGUUCAAUGGGAAGAGAUUCAGCAAAAUGGAUCCUGAGACAUGUCAUGUUGUCUCUAUCAAGGAAGUUGUGUUCAAUAAGGCAGUUUUCAAUGGGAAAGAGCGCGCCAAGAUUCCUUAUUUGCUAACUGAUCCGUUCACGACUAAAAAGCAUGAGAAAUCCCAGUCAUUGGAAGUAGAACUACCGACUUGUCCAGUCUGCCUAGAAAGGAUGGACUCCGAUACCACAGGACUCAUUACCAUACCUUGUCAGCACACAUUUCACUGUCAGUGUCUAGACAAGUGGAAGAACUCAAGAUGCCCUGUGUGCAGGUACUCGAGUAUAAGACUAAGCCGGAAUUCUGCAGUGAGACAGACUGGCGAAAUUAGCGGAUGCAGCACAUGUGGAUGUCACGAAAACCUCUGGAUUUGUUUGGUUUGUGGCAAUAUCGGCUGCGGUCGAUAUAAUUCGAAACAUGCCAUUCAACAUUAUGAUGACACUUCACACUGUUUCGCGAUGGAUAUGCAAACCCAGCGGGUAUGGGAUUAUGCGGGAGACAACUACGUGCAUCGUUUGGUGCAAAAUGAGGUUGAUGGGAAAAUAGUUGAGGUAGAAGCUGAUAGACUAACGUCAGAUGGCCCAAAUAAUUCAAGCCAACGGAGUGCAUCGAGUUCUCUCGAUAAGGAUAGCAACAUGGCAGCAAAUUUCAUGAGAAACAAGGAAUAUCAUCUUGAGUAUGUUCAGGUCUUAGUAUCUCAACUGGAGUCACAACGUGAGUACUUCGAAAUGAAGCUAGAACAGGUUCAAGCGGCAGAAAGUCGUUCGGACGAAAUCGAGCCACUGCGAAGAGAGAUAGAAGAACUCAAAAUCUCGUUCAAAGAUUGUCAACUUGAUUUCAAGCAAGAGAGAGAGGUCACACGAAAGCAAUUAGACGAGGAUAAACUUGUAAUACGUGGUUUGCAAGAGAAUUUGGAUCAUCUCACAGAAGAGAAAGCCCAAAUUCUAAAAGAGAAUGACGACCUGCAAAGGGAGAAGCAGGAUUUGCAAGAACAAGUUCAGGAUCUAAUGUUCUACCUUCAAUCACAAGAAAAAUUCAAAGAUGCGGACGACAGUGUUAAAGAGGGUACGAUAAUAAUUCCAGGCUCAAAUCAGACUUCGCAAAGAUCAAGUAAGAACGCAAAGAAGAAGUCAAAGACCAAACGAAAGCCUAAAUGA